CACCACACCGCUAGCGGUAUAUUUAAGCUGCAGCUCUGUCGAUGUGAUAAAGUUUGAAAUGGGUUUUAGGCCAGUAGUAUUUCUAUUAGCAACUCUGUUGCUUUGUCAAUUAGUUCAUUCCCAACUGGUUGGGUUUGCAACAUUAAAUGGUGGUACGACCGGUGGUGCUGGCGGUCCAACGGUUACCGUUUCCACUGAGGCGGAAUUUAUCAGCGCAGUUACCGACAACCUACCUCGUGUUGUACGAGUCAUUGCUAACAUACGAUUAGGCGUGCAAAUCCGCAUCGGUGCUAACAAGUCAGUAUUGGGAGCGGCACCCAAUGCUGGUUUCAACCACGGCGGAUUAUUUGUCAGAGAUCAGAGAAACGUCAUAAUCAGAGGUCUUCGUCUGUCUUUUCCCCGUGCACCGAACGACUGCAUUGAGAUUCAACGGUCGACAAACGUGUGGGUCGAUCAUAAUGAACUCUUUUCGGAUUUGGACAAUGGCGCAGGAUUUUAUGACGGACUUUUGGACAUAAAUCACGGAUCCGAUUUCGUAACAGUUUCUUGGAAUCGCUUCCACACCCACUUCCGUGUCAGUUUGAUCGGUCAUUCGGACAACAACGUCGAUGUUGAUCGAGGCCGGCUACGUGUUACGCUACACCACAACUAUUUCCUCAACGUUGGAUCCAGGCUGCCAUCGCUACGUUUCGGCACCGCGCACAUAUUCAACAAUUUGUACGAAGACGUGCCGACCUCAACGAUUAACAGUCGAAUGGGUGCUCAAUGUCUGGUGGAAAAUACCGUUUUUAUCAAUGCUCGCCGUACGAUUAUCACAAAUUUGGACAGUCGAGAAGACGGUUUCGCCAACGAACGAAACAACCAGUUUGGUAAUGAAAGUAUGAGAGGUCCAUUCAUUACUCAAGUUGGCAAUUUCACAACUCCUCCGUAUCCAUACACUCUCGACACCUUGGCAAAUGUUCCCACACGUGUAAGACAAGGGGCUGGUGCCACAAUACGGUUCUAAUAAUGUGUCGUUCGUGUAAAUCGGAAAAUUAAAAUUUCAGUAAUUAUUUGCAAAA